AACGGUGGUCUAUGGUCAGUCGGGCAAAGAUCAGCAAAACAAUCGGUCGUCUUGCUCAGCAUUGCUCAGUCUUCCUUACAAUAUUGCUUGCAGUCGCGAUGCUACAUCGGAAGUGACAUUUAAAAGUGUAAAGUGUACAAGAACUUGUGAAAAAUGCUUGCUGACGGAGAAGUUGUUGGUGACGGAUCAUGGAACCUCACAAUUUACGUUACGGACUUGAACGAAAAGAGGACCAUGGUCGUAAAAGGAGACAUGCACAUCGGCGGAGUAAUGCUUAAACUUACAGAAAGCUUCGGUAAAGACUUCAAAAAGGAUUGGUCAGACCACGCGCUAUGGUGGCCGACGCGCAACAAAUGGCUAUCCCGGCCGAAGCACACGCUCGACCAAUACGGCGUGCACGCAGACGCCGCCCUGCAUUUCACGCCCAUGCACAAGCCGCUGCGCAUACAACUCCCCGAUCUAAGAUACAUCGACUGCAAGAUAGACUUCUCUAUUGACACCUUUAGUGCUGUUGUACAGCUCUGUAAGAAUCUCGGUAUAAGGCAUCCAGAGGAACUGUCCCUAUACUAUCCCCUCGAGCCCUCACAUUUGAAGCAGAACUACCAGAACUUAAAGGAGGCAAAGAAAAUAAAGUCCACACAGCCACCGGACACUAACACAUUCAUAGCGGCUACGCGCGGCUCCUCCAACAGUCUGGACCGAUCCAACGGGCCCUGCCCCGCCACGCCGCCGCCACCGAGGUCCCUUUCAGCUACGCCUGUCGCUUCUAAUCAUAAUGGCACAAUCCGGCGCUACGGCGGUCACAUAUACAGUACACAGAGCGACGGCUCCAGCGAUGGUGGCUAUUGCGGCACUCCGCCGCGCGCCUCCUCUCUUGACGCUUUGGAUGCUCUCAGCGACCUGUCCCUCGCUGACUCGCCGCUGGAGCCCGAUUCACAGUCGCGAGAAUCACUACUCACUCCCAAGUCUCUUAUGGAACGCGCCAGGAUGAAUGUCGGGUGGCUGGACUCGUCGUUGUCUAUAAUGGAACAGUACGUACGCGAGUGGGACACGCUGCAACUGCGCUUCAAGUUCUACUCGUUCUUCGACCUGACGGCGCGGGCGCAGGACGCGGCGCGCCUCAACCAGCUCUACCAGCAGGCGCGCUGGCAGAUCCUCAAUCAGGAGGUGCACUGCACUGAGGAGGAGAUGCUUCUCUUCGCCGCAUUACAGUUACAAAUCGAGCUGCAGACGCUGGCGGGGGGCAGCGCGGAGGCGGCCGACGGUGCAGUGGGGGGCGGCGGGGCCGAGGGCGCGCCCGAGGACGACAUCGACGCGGCGCUCAGCCAACUGCAGCAGCAGCUGGAGGGCGGCCCGCCCGCGCGCCAGGACAUCACACACGUGCCCGAACUCGCAGACAACCUCAAGUACCUCAGACCGAAGCGGUUCACGCUGAAGGCAUACAAACGUGGCUGGGUGUCAUGUCGUGAUGGUGUACUGCGUAUACACUCCUCCAGUGAGGCAGCCGCACGUGGAGACCCGCCUUCCUAUGCUGUAGAACUGCGUGGUGCUGAGGUGACUCCGGACGCACAUCCCGCGUCUGGUCGCUACAGCAUCAAGCUGGAGGUGCCGGCUGAAGACGCCAUGAACGAGAUGUGGCUCAAAUGUGACGACGAGGAUCAGUACGCGAAGUGGGUGUCGGCGUGUCGCCUGGGGGCGCGCGGCCGCUCGCUGGCUGACGCGGCGUUCCUGCAGGAGGCUGCCGGAGUGCGCGCCCUGCUCCGUCUGCAGCGCCCGCAGCCCGGCGCUUCGCCCCCGCCCCGAGCACUGCCGCAUCUCGACCAUCUGCUGCCAGAGAACUACCUCGCGCCCAAAUAUCUCAAGAAGCUCAAGGGAAAGUUCACACAGCGUGUGCUGGAGAGCCAUGCGAAUGUGAAAGACUUGCCGCUGCUGGAGGCGAAGCUGCAGUACAUAAAGACUUGGCAGAACCUCGCCGAGUACGGACAGACAUUGUUCGUGGUCCGCUUCAUGGGACAUCGCAAGGACGAGGUGAUCAGCAUCGCCAACAACCGCAUCAUGCGCCUCGACCCCAACACUGGCGAUCACAUCAAGACCUGGCGAUACAGCACCAUGAAGGCAUGGAACGUGAAUUGGGAAAUAAAACACAUGAUGGUGCAAUUUGAAGAAGGCAAUAUAAUAUUCUCUGUGCAGUCUGCGGAUUGUAAAGUUGUUCACGAGUUCAUCGGAGGUUACAUUUUCCUCUCAAUGCGCUCCAAAGACGCAAAUCAAACACUAGAUGAGGAAUUAUUCCACAAACUGACCGGUGGUUGGACGUAAAAUUGUAAAAUAUAUAAAAAUUUAAUGUU